GACACAUGCGCAGGACCAGGCAGAGAUACAGCUUUUCAGGAGCAGAGCGGCGGCAAAGGAUUACUCCUAUUUCUGUCUCUACCUCCAUGCUUCCUGGGGUUCAGUGACAGAGGAGCAUGGAGCACUGAGAUGGAGGCAGAUAAGCGACUGCGUGAGCCGUGAUUGACUGAAGAGGGUUGCAAGCAUGGUCCCUCACAGUGGACCAUUUGUGCUGGUUCUCAGUGUCACAUUGUUUGGCAGCCUACACACUGUGUCCCUGAACAGAGAUGGAGACAAACCAAGCUGGGCUCAUACAAACCCAGUUACAGAGCUCACAGGCCAUUCACAGUGGACCACCCAGACGUCUAGAGCCAAGAUGGAUGCCACUACUCCACCGAUGACCAAUUCACUCUUCUCAGAUCUCACAAUAAACUCUGAAAAGAACAGUAAUGCCCCAAAGGAUCUGGGGGAAGUCAGAGCAUCGAACCUUAACAGGAGAAGGAACAUCACUUUAGCAAAUCGACUUUCAAGUACAGCAUGGACAGAGAAUACAAACUCUAAAACUGACGCAACAACUGAUACUCCAUCAAUGACUUGGUCGGUCACUCAGGGCAAUGAAUGGAUUCCUGUGACAGGCCAUUCUGAUUUGGCUGAUUCGCAUUAUGGCAAUUUUGCUCGUUCUUCAGGAACCACAUUAUUAGUAGCUCUGAGGCCUUCUCCUCACUCACCUACAAAGGUCCAGACCACAGAUAUUGGGCCUCCAGAAUAUACGGGAACUCCAGAGUUUACCCAUUUCCAUAUGCCCCAGACAUCUUCUGAUCAUGGAAGAGUAGAAACUAGACUUAGUGCUGACUGGACACUACAGAAGUCCAAAACCACUUCUCUGAGAGUGGAUGUAAAAGAAUUUUCCAAUAGCGCAGGUCAAGGAAAAGGACGAAAAGACCUACCAACCACUAUGCAGGACAAUGGAGGAGUGGAAGAUGAAGUCUCCAAGAAGACCCCUCUUGAAACAGUGAUUGUGACCAAUACCCCAAAAGGUUUCUCUGCGCUUGACAACAACGACUUUGCCGAAUCAUCCUCCCAGCCUGACUGCAACCUGGACACCAUGGGGGUCUGCAACUCCUCAGACCCUCUCUUGAGUCCUGGUUUCUCUGACAACAACCUCCCCAGUGUCCUGUCUCCUGCUUCUCCAAUGCCCCCACCUAAUGGUGAUCUGGCCCCACCCCCUGUUGCCCUAACCCCACCCAUGCUGGUGCCUUUGCUGUCCGACUGGAAUGCUGCCAUGGCGACGUGGGGGCUAGCGUGGGAGCUGCACGUGUAUGGGCUGGGGUGUGUGUUCUCACUGGUGGCUGCACUCUCUGCCCUCAGCCUCUUAUGUCUGCCCUUAUGCUGGCCUUCUGGCUGCGCCCACUUCAGCCUCCUGCACCUCCUGCAGCUGCUGGCUGGCUCUAGCCGUGCCCUGUGGCUGCUCUAUGACCCAUACGGUCAGCGGGAGCGGCUCCCUGUGACCUGGUCACGCCUUCUGCAUGAGGCCACUUAUCCAUGCCUGACCGCCGCCUUUGGCCUACUGCUGCUGCUGUUGUCUGGCCGCUCUCGCGCCCAGUUGCUCUCACAGACCACCCUGCGUCGCUGUGGCUGCCUACUGGCUGCACUUGUGCUGGUGCAUGUUGCUGUGGUGAUGGGAUCUGUGGCCAUUCUGAGGCUUUUUCCUGCCCUUCCGGUUGUCUCUCUGCUGCCCCCUGCUGCAUUCUUUCUGCUGGCUUCUCUGUUCUCCUUCUCAUACCUGCUGUUCUACUGUUGCGCCCGCACUGAUGCCAAGCACAUUUACAGGUUGAAUGAGAUGUCACCAGACCACCCAGCUAGCCACUGCCCCCUGGCGGAGGCUGGUGUGUGGGAGAGGGCCGCAGGGACUGGCCUUUUCUCAGCACUUUUCCUCCUAGCAUGUGGAGGGCUCAGGCUCUAUGCAAUCCUGCAUGCAACUGGGCUGACAGAUGAGGAAACAGUGGGACUGAUGCCCUGGUCCUGGUGGGGCUUUCAGCUCAGCUGCAGAGUGUGUGAGGCGGGGGUGUGUCUCACCCUGGCGCUUGUGGUCACACACCCUCUCCUGUGCUGUGGAGGAGCUGUCCCUAAGCUUGGCCGCUGGAGCUCGGUGUUUAACAGGCAGAGGUCAUCCACAGGGGGCGCUACUGCAGCCACCAAAACCACCAUCCUGUCAAGCGGCUGGUCCAAGAGGCCUGGAGAGAAACUGAGUCUACGGGAUGGUAUGGUGCGAGAUGAGAGUGAGAGUGUGCCCCUCUACACCCUAGCAGAGAUGCCACUCAGCGAAUCAGAUGGCUUGGACCUCCAUUAUCCAAGCAGCCCUCAGAAUCAGGCAGCCCGUCAGCUCUCCGGGGCCACAAAGGAUGCCCAAGUGGUCUCUCAGGGGUCAUCUUUUGCUAGCCUUAAUGGCGAUUCCACAGUGGACCUUCGACCUCCGUCUCCAAUCGACCUGCGACGCAGCAUUGAUGAGGCUUUGAACAGUGAGGCCCUGUUCCGGCGGAGUCUCUUCAGCUCCUCCAGGCUUUCUCUCAGUACACGCGGGCCUCCAGAUGGACAGCCCUGCCGGGGAAGCUCCGCUGAGCCUGUCCUGUACCGCACCGCCUCAUGCGGGGAUGUGGAUUCCCCUCGUAGGGACACAAAAACCAGCUCCCUUAGUGGAGGCCCUAGAGGUCAUGGAGGUCAAGCAACUAAUUACAGUGACUACACUACCUCCAGAUGCCAGUCGUCUCAGAGCAGCCUGCCCAGGGGGAGCCUGCCGAGGGUGCAGUCGGGACGCCCCUCGCAGAAGCAGUACAAGGUCCUGGACUCCACCAUCUCCAGAGAGAGUAUAUAUGAGAAAGAGCAUGCUUACACACAGGCUGACGAACUGGCUGUGCAAGCUGAAUUCAUCAGCGUCUGCAGACAGAUAGAUGCACUCAGUGUCAGCAGUGACACAAUCGAACUGUAGAAAAAUGGAACAGGCAUCAUGACUGACGAGAGUUGCUCCAAUAUAUAAGGUUUUGUAUGUACUUGAGUUGCUCUCCAGCUCAAGUGCACGAGAACUCAUUGUUAAAAAGGGAUUC